AUGGCCCGCGGCAACUCCCCCCAAACCCAAGUCUUCUACAAGGGCAGCUCCGGCGACCAAUUCUGCAUCUUCGUCGAGAGCGUAGAGGAGCUUCAGAAGUGGAAGGCUGAUAGCACGAUUCCCAUGGUCGACGUUGUUGCGGGUUGGAAGGUGCUUGUUCCUGAACACGGCAAGCAAGGUGUGCUCAACACGGCUAGCAAGCAGCAGCUUGAGAACGAGUUUGGUAAAGAUGCCAAGGAGGAUGAUAUCUUCAAGAAGAUUCUGCAGGAGGGUAGUGUGCAGAGCUCUGAGAACUCCGAGCGCAUCGGCAUCACCAACGAGACCCAGGGCGGACGUCAAGCCCACUAA